CCGGGCGGGGGGAUGGCGGAGCCGGGCGGGGCGUCGUCCGGCACGGGCGGAGGCGGCGGGAGCUCGUCGGGGCCUGGAGCCACGGACCCGGCCUCGCUGCCCCCUGGCGACGCGCAGCUCAUCGCCCUCAUCGUGGGGCAGCUCAAGAGCCGCGGCCUCUUCGACGCCUUCCGCAGGGACUGCCUGGCCGACGUCGACACCAAACCAGCCUACCAGAAUUUGAGACAGAAAGUGGACAACUUUGUGUCUACCCACCUGGAUAAGCAGGAAUGGAACCCAGCAAUGAACAAAAACCAGUUGCGGAAUGGCUUGAGGCAGAGCGUUAUUCAGUCGGGGAUGCUGGAAGCUGGAGUGGACAGAAUUAUUUCUCAGGUGGUGGAUCCAAAACUAAACCACAUCUUCAGGCCGCAGAUAGAGAAGGCAAUUCAUGAUUUCCUGGCUGCACAGAAGAAAGAGGACUCGGUGCCAGCUCCUCCCCCGGAGCUGGAGAGUCAGGAUCCUUCCCCUCCAUCUCAAGAUGCCUCCUGCACCUUGCAAAAAUCUGAUCUUGCCCAUGGAAUUGAAGCUUGGGAAGCAAACUACCCAUUUGGAUUUUCUACGCAUCUGAUAAAUUCCCAUUCAGCAGGUAAGAUUGGAACAACAAGAAAAGCACUUGGAUACGGGAGAAUUAAUCAUUACAUGCUACAAUCAAGUUACAGGUCAGGUGAAAGUGUGGACAAGCCCUUCAUGAGCACCCAAUGAACUACAAAGCGGAAGAGGAGCAUUGCGUGGGUCUGUGAACUUGUUCUGCCUCAGUGCAUUGGGAAUGCCAAAUUGUAGUUUCUUCUUUGAGAUUAUUAUAAAUACUUUCAAAGUACAGUGUGGGAGUGUGGCUGACAUGCAAAAACUUCUGUCAACAGAAGGAAGAAACCCAUACAGACAAAGGGCCAGGAUCAGCCUUCUGGGAAUGGGAGAAAUCAGUGCUCUGUGAACAGAGUUCACUUCUAGUUUUACAGCACUCUAAGAAGUAGAUAGUCAGAGAGAUGCUAAGAGAGUAUACUUCACACACACACACACACACACACACACACACACACACACACACCAAUCAUUACAAAACCAAAAUGGCACCACCCAGGAAAACAAGCGCUGUGACAUAAUGUUCACAGCAGAACCUCAAGGUUUACAGAAAUAGAAAAAAGAAAUAUUGAGAAAACAAUUCCUUAGGGGAUAAAAUUGCUAAUUAGGUGCUAAUUUGCUACUAAAACAGGUUCAAGAUCCUUGGGUUAACUCACAAAACCCUAAACAACUGGGGCACAUAAGGGCUGCUGGAUUCCUUAUUCUCCACAUCAGUCCCUGGUGAGGCACUUUUAGUGGUCCCCUGAGGCUUAGUCGGGGUCCAUGUCUUUAAUGUGGCAGGUCCUGCCCUGUGGAACUCCCUGCCAAUAGAUGUCCAGCAGGAGUCAUCCUUGCUUUCUUUUAGACAUAUUUUUAAAAACAUACUGUUCAGACAGAAAUUUUGAUUUUGACAUUUUUAACAACCAGUUUUUAUUGACAUGUUACUGAAGUUUUUUUAACCAGUCAUUAUUGCAUUAUGUUUUUAUGUUGUGUGCUGCCUUGCUAUAUUUCCUAUGAACGUGUUGUUUAUAAACACUGAAAUAAAUUAAAUAUAUAUG